CAAAGAGACUGGCUUUGGUCAGCAAAAGCCAAACACAAUGAGACCCUCUUCCGCACUUCAAACUGUCACCAUCUUCAGCUCUCUACCCAAAACCUUAAUAGGCUUUAAUGCACAGCCACACUGUCAGUAUCUGCAACUUUCAAAACCCAAGAGAUGUUUACUGAUAAUAACAAUGAGAGACAGAAGCAAGAACCCGAGGCCUUUGCAGAAGGGAAGGAAUCUCAGCAUCGAAGCCAUUCAGACAAUUCAAGCUUUGAAGAGAGCCAAGAAAAACGAGGGUCUUAUGGAGCAAGUCUUCAAUUCUAAGUUCAGGCGCUUAUUGAAGCUCGACAUGAUGGCCGUGCUCAAAGACCUCCUCCGCCAAAAUGAAUGCUUCUUGGCCCUCAAGGUCUUUGAAGACAUUAGAAAGGAGUACUGGUAUAAGCCACAGGUUUUGCUUUAUGCUGAUAUGAUCAAGUACAGGCCCUGAAACUGAUGCUGCAAUGCUUUGCUCACUAGGAUCAUAGUCAGGAUCUUCUUCUUACAAAACUAGAAUUGUUUCCACCAGGAAAUGAUCAAGCGUUAUCCAGCCUGGUGAACCCGCUGUUAAUUCCCAAGCUUUGGAAGAUGAUCCCGACUAUGAUCAAAGUUUUGCUGCAUCGUUUUCAGGGCCCGUAGAGUGUAGACCCAGCCUCAGCCCCACCGGUUGUUGAUGCACAGUUUCACAAGGGAAACAGAAGAGCAUGUCUUUUGGUAACAAUAGCAGACCACUAAACAAAUCAAAUCUAAGGAAGCUGAAGACCAUGGCUGAGAUGCCCGGAAGUACCAGCUGCUACUGAUGUCAAGACAAAUGCAGCUAAUCUAAAAGGCUGAAUAAUAGUCUGUUAGUAUUUGCAUUAUGCAGCUUCAGCGGUGUCGAUGAAUUCUCAAUGUAAUUCAGUACGAAAAAUUGUCAAUAAAAUAUAUGGAACAUUUUCUAUGAAGUCCUCUCAUGUACACACUGAGAUUUCUCCGUCUUUCAGCCACAGAACAUUCAUUUUUUUUGUUGAUUUUCCUUUUCAUUCCGAAUGCACUGCAUUUUGACAU